GCGCUCAGGAACCCAGCGCAAGAGCAGAAUCCCGAAUGCUGUACAGCGUCGCUGCUGACCAGGAAGGAAAUUCCAGGUGGGAAUUUCAGCCUAGGAGAGGAAAUUGACAACUUGAUGGGGGAGAUGGGCUCGCUCAGCUGCACCGCCAUGACAAAACUCCUGCAGUGGCUCUGGACUCUGUCUAUCCUGGGCGCCGUCUGGGCAACUCUCACUCUCAACCUUUUGGGGCUCGACCCGCUGCCCCCAGCCUGGCACCAAGUGCUGUGGCCCCUGCCCACCUACCUGCUGGUGGCCUUUGGCUGCUACUCGCUGGGCGUCGUCGGGUACCGCUUGGCCACUUUCAACGACUGCGAGGAGGCGGCGAGAGAGCUGCAGGAGCAGAUCCGAGAGGCCCGGGAAGACCUCUCCCGCCGCGGACUGAGGUUCUGACCCUCCCUGGCACAAGGACUUGGGCACAGCACCCCGUCGGGAGCAAUAAAUAAAAUUUCAGACAACAUAA